CGAUUAUUACGCCGACUAGGCAAGACGAGGUCUGGGUGGAUUCACGGACACCGCCAGCAGCGCUCAACGGCCCCAUAUAUUACGAUCCCGGCUUCAGAGACGUCCCAAUGGCUACCAACUACAACAGAGUCGUCAACUUCGGCGCAGGUCCCUCUGCACUGCCGGUCUCUGUCCUAGAGGAGGCGUCCAAGGGCCUGCUCAACUUCCAAAACACAGGCAUCGGCAUCGCCGAGAUAUCGCACCGCUCGAAGGAGUUCACCGCGUUCGUCGCGAACCUCGAGGUGCUCAUCCGCACGCAGCUCGACGUGCCCUCGACGCACCGCAUCCUCUUUACGCAGGGCGGCGGCUCCGGACAAUUCUCCGCCGUCGUGUUGAACAUGCUGGCUCGCUACCGCCUGCUGCACCCCGAGUGCACCGCGGCGGACACGGUCACGGACUAUGUCGUCACUGGGUCGUGGAGCAAGAAAGCUGCAGAGGAGGCGCGCCGGCUCGGUGGCGGCACGGUGAACGUCGUCGUGGACGGGCGCACGUUCUCGGAGGGCGGCAAGGCGUUCGACAGCAUCCCCGCGCAUGACGCGUACAAGUUCUCGGAGGACCCCGCGCUGGUGUACUACUGCGAGAACGAGACGGUCGACGGCGUCGAGUUCUCGCAUGAGGACAGCUCGCCCGCGUCGUUUCCCUUCCACCUCCUGCCGAAGGGCGGGCUCGUGCCCCUCGUCGCAGACUACUCGUCCUCGUUCAUGUGCAGGCCCAUCCCGCACCUCGCUGACCACGCGAUUAUUUACGCGGGGGCGCAGAAGAACAUCGGCCCUGCCGGUCUUACUAUCCUUAUCGUACGGGAGGACUGCAUCGUCGACGUGGACGCGGCGGCGAAGCUCGGUGCGACCCCUGUCCCCAUUACCCUGUCGUACAAGACCCUCGCGGACUCGGGCAGCUUGUACAACACGCCAUCUGUGCUAGCAAUGUACAUCUCAGGGCUGGUGCUGGAGCGCAUGCAGAAGCAUGGCGGCCUGAAGCACUAUGAAGAGACGAACAGGCGGAAAGCAGGGAAGGUGUAUUCCGUUCUGAAGGAAGGUGAGGCGAAGGGUGUUCUGCGGAGAAAGGUCAAGGAAGGUUCUGGUAGCUGGAUGAAUGUGGUGUUCGAAAUCGUCGGACCCGACGCGGAGAAGAGAUUCCUCGAGGGUGCCGAGGAGCGCGGCAUGAAGGGGCUCAAGGGACACAGAUCAGUAGGCGGUAUCCGGGUGUCACUCUACAAUGCGGUCACAGAAGCAGAGGUCGACCAGCUUGUCGAAUACAUCAAAGACUUCAUCCUGCAAUGAGACAUGGGAUUACAUGUAAAGUAGAAUAGUCCACAUCUCUAAACAUGUAACAUACGCUCGUUAUCGUUUAUCGAAAGAGUCCA